AAUGCCUAUCCGCUCCUUGAGAAAGCCGGCAGAGCGGAGCGGAGCGGAAACCGGAAGUAGCUCCUGACGAGCGCUCGGAGCAGUUCCGAUGACUGUCCACAACCUGUACCUGUUUGACCGGAAUGGAGUGUGUCUGCACUACAGCGAGUGGCACCGCAAGAAGCAAGCAGGGAUCCCCAAGGAGGAGGAAUACAAGCUGAUGUACGGGAUGCUCUUCUCUAUCCGUUCGUUUGUUAGCAAGAUGUCCCCGCUAGACAUGAAGGACGGCUUCCUGGCCUUCCAAACUAGCCGUUACAAACUCCAUUACUACGAGACGCCCACUGGGAUCAAGGUUGUCAUGAAUACUGACUUGGGCGUGGGACCCAUACGAGAUGUGUUGCACCACAUCUACAGUGCGCUGUAUGUGGAGCUGGUGGUGAAGAAUCCCCUGUGUCCACUGGGCCAAACUGUACAAAGUGAGCUUUUCCGUUCCCGACUGGACUCCUAUGUUCGCUCUCUGCCCUUCUUCUCUGCCCGGGCUGGCUGAAGCACUCUACCUCAUGCCUCAGGAGAAUCAGUGUCUGUGUGCAGCCCUUCCAAACCUGUGCCACCUGAGGGCCCCCAUCGGAAGCCCCUCCUAAGGCAGCUGCCUAAAGGCCUGCCCUGGUGCCCUCCUCAUCAUCAGAAUGAAGCCCAUAGGAGUUCCUCCACCUUCUAACCAGGCUUUCUCUCCAGUUUUAUCCCCUAUCUGAUGCUGCAAGAAGUACAGAAUAAACUUUUUGUCAUCCUC